CCCACGGGCUCCCUUCUCGGCAGAGUGGCCACCCCGGGCUGCUGGCACUGACCAUGAUGGACCUGAAAGUGGACGAGGAGGAGGUGGACAGCGGGCAGCCGGUGAGCAUCCAGGCCUUCGCCAGCAGCUCCACCCUGCACGGGCUCUCGCACAUCUUCUCGUACGAGCGGCUGUCGCUGAAGCGCGUGGUCUGGGCGCUUUGCUUCCUGGGCUCGCUGGCGCUGCUCGCCCUGGUCUGCACCAACCGCAUCCAGUACUACUUCCUGUACCCCCACGUCACCAAGCUGGACGAGGUGGCGGCCACCAGGCUCACCUUCCCCGCCGUCACCUUCUGCAACCUCAACGAGUUUCGCUUCAGCCGCGUCACCAAGAACGACCUGUACCACGCCGGCGAGCUCCUGGCCUUGCUCAAUAACAGAUACGAGAUCCCAGACAUCCAGACAGCCGAUGAGAAGCAGCUGGAGAUCCUGCAGGACAAGGCCAACUUCCGAAACUUCAAGCCCAAACCUUUCAACAUGCUGGAAUUUUACGACCGGGCUGGCCACGACAUCAGGGAGAUGCUGCUGUCCUGCUUCUUCCGUGGGGAGCAGUGCACCCCCGAAGACUUCAAAGUGCUCGGAAGGGACCGGCAGCACCGUCACUGAGGGGAUGCUGUUGGGGUUUGGAGGCCCAGGCUGUCCCCAGGAGCACGUGUGGCUCCGUACAGCUCCGUGGGCUGCUCCCACGUGGGCACAGCUCCCCGGGAUCAUUUGGGCUCUGCAAAGCAGGGUUGUGCCGGGCUGGAAGCUGCCAUGGUGAGGAGGCUCCAGUGGAGAAGCAGGGAGAGCACGCAUGGCAGAAUCCCUUGGGAACACAGGUCCCGGUGGCUCCGUGCUGCGCCCUGCCAUGGAGCCUGUUCUUGUGCUGUGGAUCCAGCACACAAUAAAGCCUUUAUCCCUGCUCUGCCUGGCCCCAUCCAGCUGGGGACGGAACAGUGCCGGCUAUUCGGGGCUGCCUAAUCAAUUCGGCAGCCGCGGCCGCUGCUCCCGAGCAGCUCCGGCGUGGGGACUCCUUCGGGGUCCCCAUCCUCGUCACCAGCCCAGGGGUGUCCCCCUCGUGUCCCACACUGAGCAUGGCUGGGUGUGUGCAGAGCCCAGGUCCCGGUGCAGUUUGGGUGAUUUUAAUCAUCGGCAUUAAAUUCCUGUCAUGGGCUCUUUGCACGAGCAGGUGUCUGUUGUCAGCCAUGAGGCGUUUAUUUGUUAAAUGGAGGCACGUUGCACCCGGAGGGGGCUGGAUCCCCUCCAGCAGGGCCAGCUCCGUCCCGUGCCUGGUUCUGAUGUUGGCUCCUGCCAGGGCACGGCCGCGUUUUCUGCGCCGAACCAUCCUCAGGCACCUUCAUCCCUGCUCCCUCCCUGCAUCCCUUGGGUUCCAAAUCCCUGUGUUCUGCAUCCCCUUCAACCAGCAAAAGCCAAACAGGCUCGCAGCUGGUUUGUUAUUCCUGCCUGGAUUAUUCCUUGCAAGCAGGUUGGGAUGAUUUAAUGGAUUUGAUUAGAGGAAGCUGGCUCUCUGCUGCGUCUCUGUUGCUCCUUGGGGUCUGGCACGGGGAGGUCUGUGUGUGGUGGGGCUGGGAUGGGCUCCUGGCACUCUCAGAAGCUUGUAGGGGAUUGUCUCAGCAGCAAAUUCCUGCUGCCUCGCUGCUCCCUGCACGGGCUGAGCUGGGCUCGGUGCUGCCCUGGGCCUGGUGGCUGAUCUGGGGGUGCUGGGGACCAGAACCAGGCUUGCACCACCUGCCCUGGUCCUGGCAUUGCUCAUCCCCCUCCAUGUCCCCCCCGAGCUGUGUGCAGGGUACAGGGACACCCCAGCUGAGCUGAGCAGGCUCAGACUCAUCCCAAACUGCAGAGUGAACCCUCUAAAGAGAUCAGGGGGGGACAAUUGGCCCACCCCAGCUCUGCCCUGGCUCCUCACAGCCCCUCCAGAACCGGGCAGUGUUUGGUGCCCAGCAGAGCUCCCCCUGCAUCAGCCCAGGACAGGCACAAGGAUGCACAGGGAGGUGCCUUGGUCUCCUCCCCAAAAUCCUGGCAUGACCUCAAAGCCUGGAGAGGCAAGCACAGAGCUGAGGGGCAAGUCUUGAACCUGAGGGACAUGGGGGAAGGUUUCCCCGUGCCCAGAGCCCCACACAGGGAUGGGACAGACAGGGACAGACACAUUUCCCUUUGCAGGAGGGGCUCGCCCUCGCUGUCGCCCCGUUUUGAGGCCACGCUCCCUGGCACCCUCAUUAGCAGCACGGAUCGAUGUUUCACUCUUCCUGCUUCAUUAUUUAUGAGCUGGAGCCGUCCCUCCCCUGCGGGAGCUCUCAGCCCCCCCUCGGCUCCUGCUCCUUCCUCCCCUCACUGCGAGGUUCCCCCGGGGCCCCGCACACCCACGGGGACGGCGCCUCACCCAGCAAGGGAGAGGCUCCCAUCUCUGGGCUCUGAAUCCAGGCAAGAAGGAGAAUCGCUGAGGAUGAGCUUCCUCUCCACACCCCAGCAUGGGAAUUGUGGCUGCACCAUCUCGGGAAGGUGGCCCGUGCUUGGGAAGCCCUUUGGGGUGGUCGGUGCAGCCAGGGGGGCAGGAGUGGCUGUGCCCAGGGGUGGCACAAUGUGGAUUUGCAGCUUUUCCUUCUCACACCCUGUGAACCCACCCCAUCCCUGCCAUGCUCUGGGGCACGGUGGCUGAGCCCAGAGCCCUGGGCAGUGUGCAUGGGACAGCCUGGAUGAGCUGGAGAGGAUUAAGACCUCUGGACCGUUUCCAUGAGGCUCCAGGGCUGAGCUGGCACUGGGGAGAAUUGAGUUUGACGUGGUGAUCGUGCCGCUGCCUUUUGCAUUGGAUUCUGCAUCCUCUGCCCUGCAAACACCGGGUGCACAGAGCCAGAGCCAGGCAGGGAGCAGGAAGGGUCUGCAGCAGCCCCAGCAAACCCCAACCACACUCCUCUUCUCCUCCCUGCUCCCAUCUCCAGGGCAGAGCAGGAGCUCCUGUGAUGGAGAACAGAUCCUGUUCCCCACUGCUGGGCCUGCCCCCCCUCCUUCUGACCCCUCUGCACCCUGCUGAACCCCACUAGACCCCUCCAGAUCCUGCUGCACCCUCAGACUCUGCGACACCCCAGUGUGUGCACCCCCAAAACCCCUCUGCACCCCUGGGCUCCCUGCUCAGCCCGCCUCGCUCCAGCUGGGGGUGUUGGAGCUCUGCUCCUGCCACCCCAGGAGCAUGGUGGCUUCUUCCCCUGG